UAGUUUGCACGACUGUCACCAGAUCCACCUCAGUCAAGAGCGGACAGUUUAUUGUGGAGUAAUACAAGUAAUGAAUUCGUAUUUCCUCUUCUUGGUGCAUAUAAGUGAGUGAUUUAAGUGAAUACUGAAAGCAGAAUGCGAACAGAACUGUUUGGUGACCAACAUGAGUAUUCGGGAGACGAAUUUUAAGGCUGAGAGGUGGAUUUAUGGUUACCUGCGGCCGGCUUGAUCGCGAAUUCGAUAGUGAGGAAUGCAACAGAAACAGCAAAGGGAGCUCCAGUUCCUUGAUCUAUCGGAUGCUGAUGAAGAAGAAUGUAAUUUCCUUCAGACUACACUUUUCCCAAGGAAUCCAAACUUGCUUUCCCCAGAAUUGCCAUGGGUGACACAUUCUGAUUCCUCAUGCACACCUGCAGAAUGGAGACCUGCUCCUUACGCUGUGGCCCCCAUCCCCCACCCUACUCUGAGGGGUGUCUUUCUCCCCCCACCAAUGUAUGCCCCAGGUCCUCCGGCUCUGGGGCUUGUGCCUACAGUUCCAGCACCAGGGGAGCCUGUAAAUAGUUCAAGUGCAGUGACUGCAGUGUUGGAUGGGAGUGAUUGUGAUUCUGUGGCCCAGCAAAAUACUCCCUCUGCAGCUCAUCAGAUUCCAGAUGUCUCUCAGGAGCCUCAAACCAUGGCUGGUCCCCAUGCUACAAAUUCAAUCUAUCCUGAUGCAUCUGUUAUGUCAAUUCCAACAUCAGUUCCAGCACCAGUUCCACCAUCAGUGAUGACGACAAUGUAUCACCAUCAGAUUGUAUCUGGUUUACCUCUCCCUAAUGUUUAUGUUGGCAAUGUGACUGCCAAUGUGAAUGUUCAUGGCUAUUUGAGUACAUAUCCACACAUCUCUCCACAGCAAGUUUACCCUUCUGAGGGCCCUCAUGAAACUGUUAAUCCUUCUGUCAGGAAUGGUGGACGAGAAGCACGACGUGGACGUUCUAGUAAGCUGGGUAACAAACGUAUGGAUGUUCAGUAUGGUGACAGGAACUCUUCAGGCAGACACACUCAGGAAGCCAUACAAGUUCAGCAAUCUCCACUUGUUGAGACAUCUACUGCAAACUCAAGCUUAGCACAACAAGGCUAUCCCCAAUUUUUUCCCAUUAAUUCAUUGCCUCACCCGUUUCAGACGCCAUACUAUAAUCCUUCGACACCCGCGCAUCCUGCAUCACAUCUUCCCCCUCAUCCAUCUGCUCAGCAUGCAACUGGACCUCCCAUCUAUAUGCCUGGCCAUCCAAUAUAUCCACCACCACAUAUGUAUAGAGCAUAUGCACCACAUCACCAGGCUCCUGGAGGCCCUCCUAUCAUGCCCUUUACAGCCAUACAAACUGCUCCAGUGCCUACCACAGAGACCUCUGUUCUCAGAAGUUACCAAGUGGAAGGCAGUGGGGCUGAAGAAAGAUUGCCGCUUCCUACAGGAAAUAUGGAUAUUGAACUUGGAGAAGCAAGUAUGCAUCAGCAGAAGCUGCCACCAUCAUCUGUUUGUGCGACCUCGUAUCAGCCGCAGCCACUGCCAGAAGUGUGUCAUACGUCUCUGAAUUCAAACACUGAGGCAGUGGAAAGUGAUGGUGUUGACAACUCAAAUCCUAUAAGAUACCAGCAGCAGCAGAGUGAGGAAGAAGAUUUCACUCAAUCAAACCUAGUGAAUACUGUAGUUGUAAAUAAUAGUAAUAUUGUAACAGAACCUCCCCCAUUUAUUGAAAAUAAGCAAAGUGGUGUUGUGGAUUCUAUAAGUAGGAACUUACUGCAGUCAACUGUACAUCAGAAUUUUAUAAAAAGUGAUGUGCAGCCUAAAUUUGUGACAGAAAAAGAUAACGUUUCAACUGUGGGUGUUGUUAUGGAUGAUAAUGUAGCAUUGAACCAAGAACCUACAAUAAACAGUGAGGCUAGUGCUAAUGGGAAUGCUGUAGUGAGCGAAUUAGAUUUGAAAAGAGAGAAGACAAUUGUUGGCGUUGAUCUUCCAUCAGCUGUUGAAAAGUCUCAAAUUACAGAUGUAAAAUAUCCUUUAUCUCAUGUUGAUACUCCUGUGCCAGCAGUAACAUCACCAAAGUCAGCACAUGGACCUCUUGUAGAUGGAGUUAUCCCCUUUACUAGCAGCCCCCAACCUGCAAGUACUUCCGUUGCUGUUCAGCACCAGAAUGUAACUGUAUUGCCCCCAGGUAGUAAUCCUAUUGACUUGCAGAACGCUCAGGUGGCAACGCCUGUUGGUAAAACAUGGGCAAGUCUGUUCAAGCCAAAUUCAAAAACAGCUGGGGGAAUGAUAACUGGAUCUCCAGCAAGUAGGACUCAAUCUGGCAACAAGCCCCUAGCAUGUGUGAAACCAUUCCAGAAUGCUGUUCCUGUUACUCCUGAUGCAUCUCUCAGAGUUCCUGAGGGAUCUUCAGCACCACAGUCACCAGCUGCAAAUCAUGGAGUCAGCAUUGCAACAGGGGACAAUGUUAAAAGUUUUCCUCAGUUGCACUCCCUCUCUUCAACUGAUGACCCACAUUUAUACCAACUAGGAGAAUUCUUGAUGAAGUAUCAGCUGGAACACAAGGCUCUUAGCCUCCAACCUCGAGGUUUGACAAAUAGAAGCAAUUGGUGUUACAUCAACUCGACACUUCAGGCUCUGUUGGCAUGCCCACCCUUCUACAAUCUCAUGAAGGCUUUGUCAUUGUUUCCAAAGCGUUCUGGGAAGUCAACUACUCCCAUCAUUGACAGCAUGGUCCAGUUUGUCGACGAGUUUAUGCCUCUGUCUGCUGCAUCUCGUCUAAGAGAUCGUAAGGAAAAGGCUUUACGUAAGGAUGAUGGUAGUAUUGAAGUUCAAUGUGGAACUCCAUUUGAGCCUAGUUAUAUAUACAAGAUGUUGAACUGCAUUCGGAGUGACACCUUUAAAGUAGAAGGAAGGCAAGAAGAUGCUGAGGAGUUCCUUGGAUGUCUUUUGAAUGCACUUAAUGAUGAAAUGCUUGAGCUUAUUAAACUUGUGGAAGAACCUCCAACAAAAUCUACUCUUAGCAAUGGUGAUAUUGCUACCAAUGGUGAUACAUCAACUCAAAGUCAGGAUGAAGAUGAUAGAGAGUGGACGGUAAUGGGUCCGAAGAACAAAGGAUCAAUCACUCGUCGUGCAGACUUUGGCCGGACUCCAAUCUCUGAUAUCUUCAGAGGUCAGCUUCGGUCUAGAGUCCAGCGAGCAGGUGAUCAGUCCACAGACAAUGUGCAGCCAUUCUUCACCUUGCAGCUUGAUAUUGAGAAAGCCCAGUCAGUCAAAGAUGCAUUGGAAAUUCUUGUUGGUCGUGACCAGCUGGAAGGAGUGACCUGUUCACGCACUAAUCAGGAGGUAGAAGCAUGGCAGCAAGUAACAUUAGAAGAACUGCCAUUGGUGCUUCUUUUACACCUGAAAUUAUUUGAUUACAAAUUGGAUGGAGCCUCUAAGAUAAUGAAAUGUGUGGAAUUUCCAAUUGAUCUUAAAGUGGAUCCAAAGUUAAUGUCCUCAAAUAAGAAGUGUGGGCCAAAACAGCGGCAGUAUAAGUUAUUUGCAGUUGUAUACCAUGAUGGAAAAGAAGCUUCCAAAGGGCAUUACAUAACAGAUGUUUUUCAUGUGGGUUAUGGAGGUUGGGUGCGUUAUGAUGACAGUGUCGUGAAGGCAGUGCAGGAGAGUCAUGUUCUCCGCCCGCGAGGACCUCGUGUCCCGUACUUACUUUACUAUCGCCGCUGUGACACGAUUGGAAAUCCUCAGCCUGCCCCUUCCCCUGCACUUGACAAAACAAGAUAAGUUUUGAAUAUUUGUGUUCGUGCUUGAACAUUGAAGGUUUGUGGUGUGAGUGGUCCAUUGAACAUUUGAAACAUGGACUGUAAGUGUAGCUGUGUGACUUCAUUACAAGAUGCUUGAACAUUAUGUAAAUUACAGGUAAUUUUGUUUGAGUAGCUUAUAUAUUCCUGUAAUGCCAGAAGGCUGACAUUUUGUAUGUAGUGAUUAAAUGGCCACUCCCUUAUAGGUACAUAGUAUCACAUAGACUUCAUGAUCGUGCGUGGGAUAAAGUGUUCUUGGUGAGUAGUCAUUUGUGACUAAUAAGGUACAGUGAUAAUGUAACAGAUGUCGCAUAAGUAUUUACAGUAUUUGUGUUUGAAAUUUAACAUUUUUAUUUACGACUUAAUAUCAGAGUCCAGGCGUAAUAGUUUUGAAAUGUGUUGAAUGAAGUUGUUAAAUUUAGUAUUUUGUAAUUUUAAUUUUCAAACUAGUAGUUUUAAAAGUUUGUUCGUAAACUAUCUUUACUCUUCUAGUUCACUUAUGUUAGAAGGCUGCUGAUAAGCAUUGUGGGAAGACAUGUCUGUUGACUUAUCCUUAUUCAAAGACUGCAUGUUGCCCUUUGUUAAUCAUUAGUGGUACAAUGCUUUGUGCAAGUGCAAAACAUUUUUAUCAGUGUUGAUUGCAAAAUGGCCACUGAACUGUAAAUAUGGGGAAGAUAGUUAAGGUGGUUGUCUCCUUGUUUGAUUUGAAGAUGAUGGUAAACUUGUUGAUAUUUUAGAUACUGAAUUGAAGGGGACUUGAGACAGCAAAGUAAAGAUGUACAAAAGUUACAUAAUGUACUGUAACAUGAAUUAUUGCCUUGCUGGAAUCUUUAUGCAGCAUAAAUUUGUGCUGUAUGUGUAUAUUGUAGGUUAGUCUUUAUUCAGAAAGCUUCCAGAGAGGAUCAAAAUUUAUGCAAAAUAUGUACAAUAAUUUUUUGAUUCUGUGCUGAUCUUACUUGUGUUCCUCAAAACUGUUGCGAGGAGAUGGUAUAAGCCAGGAAAGUACAAUUUGGAAAAAAUCAGUAAUAUUAGAGCAGUGGUGGUCCAGAUUCAAUAACGGAAAACCUUAACUAGUUCGUUUUACCUAUACUGGAAAAUUUUAAGUAUAAAGGACUAUAAAUUGUUUAAUUUUAUGAAUGAUAGAUUUUUUAAAAAUCCGAGGUAAGUGCAUUGACUUGUACUUACAUUACAUUAUUUGUUCCUGCAAUAUUAAUUACUAGACUUGAAAACUUCAGAAGCACUUUAAGUGAUGGUAAAUAAGUUUGGUUUAUGUUGUCUUACUAAUGCUGCUUUCAGCCUCUUUAAUUUUGCAGACUAGCAGGGUUCUUCAAUUCUUUGUGAAUAUGUUUGUUGUAUACUAGUUGUAUAUAGUUCCUGUUCAUAAUGACUGCAAUUGCCAAGUACUUGUAGCCGAGGUGAAUGACACUGAUACGAGGGAAGUUUAUUGUUGGAACAUGUUCAAUUUCUGCUUGGCCUUAUUUACUAAUGGAAAAAUGGCAGUGGAUGCUGAAAAUUCCUUCAGCUUGCGCAUAGGUAUGUUUGUGCUGAAACUUGAAGUAUUCUGAUCCAGCAGUCCCAAAGCGUUUAUCUGUACAGUCUUCUGAUUUUUACUAUUGCUACCUGAUUGGAGAACUGUUCCAUGCAUUUGCACAUUUGCAGCAUACUAUGAUCGCAGUACAACUGUUAGAAGUGUGUCGUCGUGUUGCUAGAACAGUGUAGCAGUGUGUUGUUAAAAUAUCUUUUGUUUCAAUGGACUGAUAGUGUAAAGUCUGUAUGCCAAGGAUGCAAAAGGAAAAAGUGCACUUAACUUACAGAUUCCUAACAUAAAAGUUGUAAUAUGGACAUGUAUUUAAACAUUGGUUAAAUGAUACAAAUUUUCUGUAGGUGUGCUUAUUUUGUCUUCACAUAAUAUAUUCUUUCCAAAUCCACACACCCAUAUGUAUCAUUGGUGACACCUUUUGGCAGGAAGUUCAGUUCACAUAUAACACGGCAGAUUUAUUUUAAAAUUGUGGGUAAAUUCUGCCACUUUUGGUAAACAUUCAGAUUUAAUAAAGAAAGGCUAAACUUUACUGCAUGAGGUAUUUCAAACUUAUGAAAAUGGGUUUCAGUAACACUUUUGGACCUGUAAUUUAAAGUUUUGGAAUGGUUUCUGUAAUAAAGGUGGGAAUAUGGAUUUGGAAAUUAAAAAUGUACCUGUCAUAUUUUGUUUUGGCUGGGCAAAGGUCAGGACAUAAUUUUGUUGUUCAAUUCUCUGAAUAUUGUCUUUAUUUCCCUGUCCACAUUAUUACUUGCCACUUGAACUUAAGAAUAUUUACCUAUGAGUAUGUUAAAAGGACAGUAUGAAAGAAGUGAAAUUAUUUUACUGUAGUAUAAUUAUAACAAGAGUAAUUAAUUGUAUAUGAAUUUGAUAUCUUGGCUGUUAACUGUGAGGAAAGUGGCUGAUCCAUUCUGCAUCUGUGAUAAUUGCGAGAUACGCAAACAGUAAUAACUUUCAAGCUUGAAUUUUCUCUUGGAAUUGCCAGUGAGGGGAGGGUACAUAGGUAUAAGCUGUUCUGGCAGUUCCCAAGCUACUUUCCAAUAAUAAUUGAUUUUAGUGCUGUAUAUUUGAACCUGUUGCUUAUUGUGUUAUGUUAAAUUGUACUUACAGGUUUGUAAUUUUAGGCAGUUCCAUAUUUAUAUUAUUUGUUGAUAAUAUAUCAGUCUAUAUUGAUUGAGGAAUAGGCAAUUCUACCGAGUUUCUUUCCCCCUUGUGUUUUUUUUUAAUCAGAAGAGUGUGUAUGAUUUGGAAUUUAAGUUGUGAUGUAUUCUUCACUGAAAACUGAAUUUAGCAAAUGUAGUAUGAAACAUAAAAAAGUAUAACACCAGUGCCAAAGUGUAUAUAUUUCCUGUAUUUUAUAUUUGUUUUAAUAGGUUUACUUUUUUAUAUCUAUAUAUCAGUCUACCUAUGGCCUUUCUUUUACUUAUCUCUUUAAUUUUUCUAAAUUUAUCUCCUUCUAGGCCUAAGUUGUAUAUAACCCCAGUAUUUUCUACCUUUUUAAUGCAGGCAAAGUGUAACUGGAAGGAAACAAAUGCACAGUCCUGUUUUGUAAAUUUGUGAAAAUGCUGUGUCUUCUCCAGCAACUACUCAUAUAAUUGGCAAAAGAUGCUUCAUUGUGUGUAACCUGUUAACAUUUCGGUAUAUAAGAUAGCAUUAAAUGAAUUGUCUUCCAUUUCUAAACUGAUUUUUUGUAUCAAAUAGUGCAGCAUUGCAGAAGUUUUUUUUCUUCCAUUUUUCUGUUUUCUUCAAAAUCUGAGUUUUGAUGAAAUUUUAUAUUUAUUUGGAGGGAUUAGUUUAAAUGUUUGUCAUUGUUUCUCCUCUCAUUUAAAGACAAUGCAUUUUCAAAAAAUUAUCAUGCGUGACAGUAUCUUCCUUUAAAUAUAUAGAAAUACAAGUGUGUAUUAUCAGCUGCAGUUUGUUUGGAGGUUUGUGAUUUUUAAAUUGCCCUUAGGAUCUAUUCAUAUUUAUUUAAUAGGUAUCUAUUAAUUAUGUAAGAUAUUUGAUAUGAAUAAAUUUUUAACUUUAAAAUACAA